AUGAGAAAGAAAAUUUUCCCAUUUUUAAAAUUCCAAACAAGCAGCUGUGAGGAAAAGGAAAACAUGAACAACCCCCCCUGUCCUUUUGAAGGACCGAAUGGAAAUAAUAACGAUGCAGUUUUGGACAUAAUAAAAAAGAUACCCAUAAAUCCUUUUAUCGAUAGUAAUGAAAAUUUAAAUAAAUAUAAAUAUGGUGUGGAAAAGAAAGGUAUCGAAAGAUAUACAGGUAUACAAGUAUAUGAAGAAGAAGAUGAAAAAGACCAUAAAAAGAAACAGCCAUUUGAUUAUCCAUUUCCAGUUAGUAAACAUGUUAUAUUUGAAAAAAAUAAAGUAAAUAAAUCAGAUGACCGUAUAAAUAUAAAUUAUAGUAAUAUAUCCACUGACCUAUAUCCAGAAGAGGGAUAUAAAACCCCCAAUAGAAAAAAGCAUUUCUCAUCAGAAUGGGAAAUAUUAUUAGCACAUAAUCAUGGAUUAUAUAAUUUUAAAAGUACGGAUAAUAAUGUUAUAGUAAAUAAAGAUAUGUAUGCUUUAAAUACAGAAAAUGAUAUUAGAAAUAAAUUAAAUUUAUAUAUAGAAAGAAUAAAUGUAGAUAAUCCAAAUGAUGCUUGUAAAUAUUUAGCAAUAGAAGAAUAUAAAUGUUUAUUAACUCAUUCAUUUCAUAUGAACCCAGAUAUCAGUAAUCAAAAAUGCGUCAAAUGGUUUAAUGAAUAUAUGCAAUGUAAAUGGGAUGAACAUAAACUAAAUUAUGGUUAUAAUUAUAUUGAAAAUAGGAGACACAAAAAGUCCAAAGCGUACAUUGCGGCGCCGGAUUAUCAGUACUCUUAA